CGCCUCGCUUCGUAAAGAAAGCCCUUGCCCGUGCGCGCGGGGUCCCGGGAGAGGCGGCGGCGCAGCAGCUGGCGUGAACGCCGCGCAGGAGGUUUGUCCCCGCCCGCACGCCGUACCGCGGGCGCAGCGAGCAGGGCGCGCGGCCGCGAUGGGCGAGACCAUGUCGAAGAGACUGAAGCUGCCUCUGGGCGGGGAGGCAGACAUGGAGGAGCGCGCCUUCGUCAACCCCUUCCCGGACUACGAGGCCGCCGCCUCCGCGGUGUUCCCCGCCGGAGCGCCGGAGGAGUCGGGUUGUGCGCACCCCCGGCCCACGGCUGAUGAGCUCCGUCUCCCUUUUCACAAGGACGGGAAGAUCAUUCAUAAUUUCACGAGGCGGAUCCAGACCAAAAUCAAAGAUCUUCUACAGCAAAUGGAAGAAGGGCUGAAGACAGCUGAUCCACAUGAUUGCUCUGCUUAUACUGGUUGGACAGGCAUAGCCCUUUUGUACCUGCAGCUGUAUCGGGUCACAUGUGACCAGACCUACCUGCUCCGAUCCCUGGAUUACAUAAAGAGAACGCUUCGGAAUCUGAAUGGCCGUAGGGUCACCUUCCUCUGUGGAGAUGCUGGGCCCCUUGCUGUAGGAGCUGUGGUCUAUCAUAAACUCAAAAGUGAUCGCGAGUCCCAGGAAUGCAUCACAAAACUUUUGCAGCUCCAGAGAACCGUUGUCUGCCGCGAUUCAGACAUUCCUGAUGAGCUGCUUUACGGACGGGCAGGUUAUCUGUAUGCGUUGCUCUACCUGAACACAGAGAUCGGUCCGGGCACCGUGUGUGAGUCGGCUGUUAAAGAGGUAGUCAGUGCUAUUAUUGAAUCGGGCAAGAACUUGUCAAGGGAAGAAAGGAAGACUGAGCGCUGUCCCCUCUUGUAUCAGUGGCACAGAAAACAGUAUGUUGGAGCAGCCCAUGGCAUGGCUGGAAUCUACUACAUGUUAAUGCAGCCAGAAGCAAAAGUGGACCAAGAAACCUUGUCAGAAAUGGUGAAACCUAGUAUUGAUUAUAUACGCCACAAAAGAUUCAGAUCUGGGAAUUAUCCGUCAUCGUUAAGCAAUGAAACAGAUCGAUUGGUCCAUUGGUGCCACGGUGCCCCGGGUGUCAUCCAUAUGCUUAUGCAAGCUUACAAGGUUUUUAAGGAGGAGAAGUACUUGAAAGAUGCCAUGGAGUGCAGUGAUGUGAUUUGGCAGCGAGGCUUGCUGCGGAAGGGCUACGGGAUCUGCCACGGGACUGCUGGAAAUGGCUACUCUUUCCUGUCCCUUUACCAUCUCACACAGGAUAGAAAGUACCUGUACCGGGCUUGCAAGUUUGCAGAGUGGUGUCUAGAAUAUGGAGCACACGGGUGUCGCGUUCCUGACAGACCCUAUUCUCUCUUUGAAGGCAUGGCUGGCGCGGUUCACUUUCUCUCUGACGUCCUCAUUCCAGAGACAUCAUGGUUUCCAGCAUUUGAACUUGGUUCUUCACAGAGGGAUAUAAAGGUGCAAGAACACUGCUAAGAGACCUGUUUGGACCAAAAGCCACCAGAUUGCUUAGUGCGUGACACAGAACCAACUGUGAAUCCUGAAAGAGGGAGAAAAAAAGGAGAAGCAGACACCGUCACAGACCCGCUUGUGUUGCAAAGACCCUCAAGUUAGAGCAUGAGUGACAGAAACCAUCCCAUCAGGGUUUUGUGACAGUAUUCCCCUCACUGGUGUAAAAUAUGAAUUCUUCACAUCCAGUUCAGUGUAGUGUUGCAUGUUUCUUGGUGUUUGUUGUCUGCAGGUGUAAGUUGUUCUAAAUGGAAAGCUCCUCUCUCUCCGUGAACCUGGAGCUGACCGUGCCUGAGAGCAUGGCAUGGCCUCUUCUCUGUAUAUGGAGUCUAAAGUGGGGGAUCUUCUAUAUCGACACACAGAGAAUAGUCAGGUGGUGUCUCUUCUGUAUCAGAAAGGUGCUCUAGGGUGAUAUCCUAGUGAUAAUGCUUUUUCAGCAUUUUCUGUGGGAACCUUUCAGAUGAGCAAAAGGAAAAGACCACUCCAAAAACUGAAAAGAAACACAAGAGAAAAGAGGGGGUUUCACUGGAAUAGUUGGAGGGGUAAGCCUUUCCACAAGGUAGUUGAACGCUCCCUCUUUGUGUUUUGUGUUCACCUUAGUGCUUUUAAGAAGCCACAGAGGGUGCACUGCAGCUCUGCUGGGGCUCCCCACUCUCAGCAGAGGCUUCAGGCACUUGGCAUGAAGUUCUGAAGGCUCCUCGCAGUCCACGGCAGCAGUGCCAGGGAGUGGGCUUCAGGACAUCAGGACAACACCCAGGGGAAGCCCUUUCAUGAUCACAAUGUAAAUCAAGUAGCAGUGACCAAGCGUUGGCAAUUCUAGAGUCUGUGUAUGUUAUCAAAACAGGCUGCGCCUCAAUUUUAUCAACAUUAUGGCUUAUUGUUAUAAGUUCAGUGGCUGCAAUUCCAGAUAUGUGAUAAGCAGACAGAUUCAGCUGUUCUGAUGUCCCUGCAGUUAAACUUAUUUCAGAAUUUGGUAAGUUAUCAAAGUAUAAAUUUGGGAUUAUUUUUUUGUCCACUAUUUAGAUGAUAAAGUUUCACAUUUGAUGAAAUGUCUGAAGCAUAAAAGUACUAGUUUGCAUUUAUAUAUAUGGGAAACAAUGUUCUAACCAAGAAAAUUAUAGUAUUCUCUAUAUGACAUUUUUUGUUAAAAAAAUGGGCAUUAAUGUGGAUUAGCAUAAAUUUUUAGAAAAGAGUUUUGUCAUCAUGGUAUGAGUGGUUUAGGACUUUUAUGUACUUCUUAUCUUGUGAGCUAAGAACUGGGUUAUGAAAGACAAGAUAGGUCUCUCUGAUGGUCUGGUCCUUGUCUACAAGGGACAGUCUAGACAUUUGUUGGCCCUAGUUUCCACUUCUUUCAUAAAGGAAAAAGAAGAACAUCAACGUGGAAGACAAAUAUCCUUCAUGCAGGCAGUUCUUAGGAUGUUUCUGAGCCUUAUUUCUGGGGCUGACACCCUAACAUGUGACCUUCGGUUUCUAAGUGAUACCUCAUGAAUCUCUUCUUUGCAGACACUCUUGUUUCUAAGCCAUGACUAUUUUCUUUUAGGUUGACGACUUCUGUGGGUGUAAAUCCUCCUGGUUAUAGUCUAAUUAACUUCUGGGCCUGCUGAUGUGCUUCUCAGGCAGCCAGUGCUGUUACCUGAAGGCAGGAUAUGGUGUCAUGAGUGAGCUGAAGGGCUCUUUGGCAGGAGAGCUCACGUGAUACCAGCCCCGCUCCCUCCUCCCCACGCACCUCAUCCAUCCCACGCAGGACAGAGCAUACAGUGCGGUCCUGCCUGCCUCACCCACAGCAGCCUUCAAGGCUUCGGCUGAAAGCUGUGCCCAAGCUGUCUCAUUUCUCAGGGGAAGCCAGGGUUCCUGCCUGGGAAUCACCCUGAGGCCCCCCAUACAGCCUGUCUCAGCAAGAGGGAGGCAACUCGUUGAAGCUCUGAUUCUGGCCACAUGUCUCCAGACCAGAAACAGCAAAGGUGACUCCUAGUUAUCUGGGCGUCUCACUGUGUCUGAAAAAUACUUGUUAGGCUUGUUUCUGACUAACACACUGAGGGGAAGAUAAAAUACUUGUGGAAUAAAUAGAGGAGAUUUUAUUUACAGGGUUUUUAUUACGGCUAGCUGGAUUGACGCCUUCCUCCUUACCCACUAGCCGUUAACAGAUGUGUAGCUCUGUGACUCUACGUGCACCAACUCCCUAGCAUCUGUUACAUGGGCCACUACAGAACGGUGUUCCAGCUCUCAGUCCCUGAGGCAGAGGAGAAAUGGCAUGUACUUCAAAGAACAGAGGACCUACAGAAGUCAGUUUAAUAGUUCUAAGUGUCUGAAUUCCAACCUCAGAACAUCUCACAAUGAUUCCUUGGGUUGGUUUAUGUCCUCCAAAAUGUGUCUAAAUUUUAAAAAUAUGUAUAUGCAUAAUACCAUUUAAAAAAUUUGAAAGAAAAAAAGUUGAUGUCCACAAAAAGUAUGUGAGGUUCUUUGAGUUUUGUUAGUAAAGACAGUUUUGCAGUGA